AUGAACACGCAGAUGCGUCAUACCGUAUCGGUGAUUUGGAAAUUUGUUUUCAAUAGAAAUUGUUCAGCAAAUGCAAAAAAAUGGGAAGUUGAGCUAGCCACUUUAAAGAGUAAUAAUCUUCGUCUAACAGCGGCUUUGCAAGAGAGCACCGCUAACGUGGACGAGUGGAAGCGGCAGCUGCAUCAGUAUAGAGAAGAAGUAGCUCGAGCCAGACACUAUGCCACGGGAAAAGGUGGCGAUGCGAAUGAAGUGGAACAGCUUAGGCAACGUGUGGCGCAGCUUGAAGCUGAACUCGCUCAGAAGAACGAGGAGUUGGCUCAGAUUACGAAGUCUAAGAAGAGUGAACAGGAUGCAGAAGCUAAGUUAGCCCAAAGCCAGCUCGAGCUAGCUCUGGCGGCGCAGGACGGUCAGAGACAGGUGAUACAAGCGUUAAACGAUCAGCUGUCACGGCAGAUUGAUGAGUUGUCGAACAUCCAUCGUGAAAUAAACACAGCGUUGCAAACA